CGGGGGGCUGGGGUAACCAAUCCCUGCAGACCGGUGGUCAACAGACAACACAGCUCAAGAGAAACAUGGCAUCAGCACUCAAGGCUCGUUUUCAGAGGACCGUACAGAGUUGGCAUCGAUAUGGACUGGCUGUGGCGAGGAUGGAUCCACUCGGUGGUGAACCAUACCGAAGGCCAUUGCCGAUUUUCGAAAUGAGCCAUCCUUCUCACCUCGAUCAAUUCGCGCUCGGAUGUGACGCCGACAUGGGUGGUUACUCAACCAUCCAACUGGCAAUUCAACAAUCUCCCGACCACCCAUUUCCUCAUGGCGUCUUUCGCGGUACGCUGCGCUCAGAGUUGGGCGAACAGGCUCUGAAAUCUGGAAUCUUAAAAGCUGGAGGAUAUGCUGGUUUCCGAACUAGGGUUCGGGAAAUGUUAAUUGGUGAAGAUAACUGGAACGCAGAGCAACACGAGUUUUUGAGACUUCGGGUCAAGAACUCCGGCGAUGGAAUGAAAUAUUUCGUCAACAUUCAAACAGAAGGUCCAGUUUCCACCGAUAUCUUUCAGCAUCGGCUUUGGCUUGGCACACCAGGUGAAUGGGAAGAUGUUCUGAUUCCACUUGCGGAUUUUGCCCUGACAAAUAAGGGUCAGAUCCUCAACAAUCAGUUCGAGAUGCCACGAGAAUCGAUCAGGACCGUCGGCAUUUCAGUCCUAGAGAAACCGGGGCCAUAUGAACUCGGGAUCCUCAAGGUCGAUUGCGUCAGCGAGAUCGGUCUCAAAUUGGAGGAACAGGAGGAGAGCCAAAGUUCGCACUCCGUGCCCGGUUGAAGUCCCAUACAAAUGAUUACCAACGCUACAACCUUCUUCCUCCUUACAUCAAAACAAAAAUAUCUAAUUAUCAUCUAUGUAUGUACUCUGGAUAUACCAUGCUCCUGUAAUUAUUACUCGCGGCGGUAGUCAUGAGUCCAUGCUGCUGUUAGAACGUCUACAUACUUUCAUAAUCUUUCGUCGGUACGGUCUCCUUUGAUUCUUUGAUUAGCUGUCCACCUCACACGGCCAGCUCGAGAAGCGCAAGAGAUUGUUCUGAGCGACUCCUCUGUCUCUGUAUCAUUUGCUGCAAACUAUGUGUUUAAGCACCUGCACAUCGCUUGUCUCCCACUCUCAAUGUAUUUUGAAAUCUGUCUGCUUUUCAUAUCAAUGUGGAGUAACCUAUGGAGCUGUGAGUUUUGAGAGAC